UUUUCCCACAGUCGUAGCCUUCAUAGCAUUAGCAUUGGCAUUACGAUGAUCAAGUGUGUGAAGGCGGAUGCAGAUUCUUCUUCUUCUUCACCAUCAUCUAUAAUGUGCGAAUCUUGCAUCGGAAAAGGAUGGUUACUCUGUGACUUCUGCCAAGGCCAAAAGACUAAUGUCAAAGCCCAAAAUAACCGUAUCUACCGUCGAUGCCCCUCCUGCAAAGCCGUUGGAUGUGUCCUCUGUUCGAGAUGCAAGGUCUUCAAAUGUGUCACUUUUCCCGAUUUCAACGAUUCUCCUAUUACUACUUAAGGUGCUUUCUUAUUCUUUAUUAUCUUAUCUCCCACAUUCUACUUUCUUUUAUUUUUAACUAUACUCCUUCAUACCUUGUUGCUUUUCUUUUAACACAUUAUAUUAUAAAUCAUGAUUACUAUUUUAAUAUGGA